UUCCACCCCCUGCAAUUCUAGGAAGAUCUCUCACCAUGAACCUCCACCUAUGCCUGCUCUCCCUGUGCUGGGGACUGUCCUCUGCUGCUCCUAGAAUGGAUCCUGACUUGAGUAGCCACUGGCAGCUCUGGAAGUCCUGGCACUCGAAAAACUACCAUGAGAAGGAAGAAGGCUGGAGGAGAAUGGUAUGGGAAAAGAACUUGAAAAUGAUUGAACUACAUAAUCUUGACCACACACUGGGCAAGCAUAGCUACAAACUGGGAAUGAAUCAGUUUGGUGACAUGACAAACGAAGAGUUCAGACAGCUGAUGAAUGGGUACAUCCAUAAAAAAUCACAGAAGAAGUAUAGAGGAUCCCAGUUCCUUGAGCCCAACUUCCUAGAAGCCCCAAGAUCUGUGGACUGGAGAAAGAAGGGAUAUGUAACUCCUGUUAAAGACCAAGGUCAAUGUGGAUCUUGUUGGGCAUUUAGCACAACUGGUGCUCUUGAAGGACAGCAUUUCAGAAGAACUGGUCAGCUGGUCUCCCUGAGUGAGCAAAAUCUUGUAGACUGCUCUCGACCUGAAGGCAAUGAAGGAUGCAAUGGUGGUCUGAUGGAUCAAGCUUUCCAGUAUAUCCUGGAUAAUGGAGGGAUUGAUUCAGAAGAGUCUUACCCAUACCUAGCAAAGGAUGAUGAAGACUGCAAGUAUAAGGCACAAUACAAUGCUGCUAAUGACACUGGCUUUGUUGACAUCCCACAAGGACACGAAAGAGCACUAAUGAAAGCAGUGGCAGCCGUGGGUCCAGUCUCUGUUGCUAUUGAUGCAGGCCAUUCAUCAUUCCAGUUCUAUCAAUCAGGUAUUUAUUAUGAGCCAGACUGUAGCAGUGAAGAUCUGGAUCAUGGUGUUCUGGUUGUAGGAUAUGGCUUUGAGGGAGAAGAUGUAGAUGGAAAGAAGUACUGGAUUGUUAAGAACAGCUGGGGAGAGAAGUGGGGUAACAAAGGAUACAUCUAUAUGGCUAAAGACAAGAAGAACCACUGUGGCAUAGCGACAGCAGCUAGCUAUCCACUGGUAUAACUUGCUGAAGAAGACUAAGCAUUUUUGUGCAAAAGGGGUUUUAAACUGAUUGACUGAACACAUGUUGACACAUGUGGUAGGACACUUGUAUCUUCAGAGAGUCAAGUUGUAACUUUUUUUUAAACUUGAGUUCUUUGAGUUUUUACACGUUGGUGACAUGCCACUUGUUUAAAUUAAUGUAAAUGUUGGUAUGUAAACAGCUUGCAAUAUUGUUGGCUUGAAGACUGAUUACUCAGACUUUGUAUUAUUCCUUUUUUAAUUAAUGUGCCCAAAAGUUUACUUUUUAAAUAAACACUCAAAUUCCAGUGUGUACAGGUGA